AUGAACAAAUUCCCUUCAAACGCCACGAUCCCCGUCUGCCUGAUUGACAGCUGGGCUGACACGCCAGGGCCCUCCGCCGUCAAAAGCAGGAGCUGUGACGAAUUGGGCGAAAGCGCCAACACUCUGUGGCUGGAGCUGUCACCUCUCGCCUCCAGCACAGAGAGGGACGAGAGCGCACACCCAUCGGUUACGUUGGCAAAACUGGAUCCACACCCUUUAGCUCAGGGAAAACCUCACCGCAGGGAAGUGUGUGUCAGCGGCAGACAGCUGUCUGCUGGCAAAGACAACGCGAUGCUCCUGGGGGACGGGAUGGACAGACGUUCCCUCGCCCACGAGAUUCUCAGCCAGCUGCCCCUGGCCCAGCAGACAGCAGCCUGGGGGACGCUGGGCACCAUCAAACCCUAUCUGGGCUUCGACGCGGAGAGCGACGUACAGCACCUGGUAGAGGCCAUCGCGGGCAAUGGCGCUGACCAUGGGGCCAUCCUGGAUGUGCUGACCAAUCGGACCAGCGCCCAGAGGCAGCACAUCACCAAGGGGUUCCAGGCCCUCACCAAGCAGGACCUGCUGAAAUCCAUGGAAGUGGCUCUGUCUGGGAACCUGGAGCAGGUCAUCAUGGGGCUGCUGAAGCCGCCGGCUCAGUACGAUGCUCACGAGCUGAGGGCGGCCAUGCAGGGCAUAGGCACUGACGAAGAUGCUUUGACUGAAAUUCUCUCCACUCGAUCCAACCAGCAGCUCAGAGAAAUCCUGAUCCGCAUCCUGAUCUCCCGCAGUGAAACGGACCUGCUGAGCAUCCGCUCUGAGUUCAAGAAGUGCCAUGGGAAGUCUCUGUACUCCUGUCUCCAGGUGGAGACGAGAGGCGAUUACCAGGCAGCGCUGCUAGCCUUGUGCAGGGCGGAAGACCUGUAG